GGCUGUUGUAAAACAGUUUCUGAUUGGUUUAACUUCCCAGUCAACUAUGGUGUAAGCCAAUAGCGUUGCAGGUUUUAGUGGUGUCUCAUCCCCAAAUAUUGAGUGUCACAAGACAUGCGCACAAGCUCUCCUCUUUCCCGGCCAUAUUCUCGUCGCUGUCUCAUCGCUCCUCGCGACGCCCGCAGUCGUUUGUGAAACAGUCUCCCAAAAAUCAGCGACAAGAUGUCUUCUGACGAGAGGCCCAUCUAUGGACCGUUCUUCGGUGUUAUGGGAGCGGCUUCAGCCAUGGUUUUCAGCGCCAUGGGUGCUGCUUAUGGCACAGCGAAGUCUGGAACUGGUAUUGCUGCCAUGUCCGUGAUGAGGCCAGAGCUCAUCAUGAAGUCCAUCAUCCCCGUGGUCAUGGCUGGUAUUCUGGCCAUUUACGGCCUUGUGGUGGCUGUGCUCAUCGCUGGAGGAAUUGACAAGCCAGAGAAAUAUGAGCUCUUCUCUGGGUUCGUGCACUUUGGCGCCGGCCUGGCUGUGGGCCUCAGCGGUCUGGCGGCCGGAUUUGCCAUCGGUAUCGUGGGUGACGCCGGCGUCCGCGGCACGGCCCAGCAGCCCCGCCUCUUCGUCGGAAUGAUCCUCAUUCUGAUUUUCGCCGAAGUGUUGGGUCUGUACGGUCUCAUCGUUGCCAUUUUCCUGUACAUCAAGGCAUAAGCGGCCAGUCGGUCGGGCCAGUGCAGCACACGUGCGGCUCUGCGGCGCUGAUGCGCGUGUGUGCGGUGGGCGCAUAUCUAGGCGGUGGGCCAGCGCGUCUGUCCCCGGUCUAUAUACGUCCUGUGAUGCCGCUAGGGCGCCGGCGGUCGCCCCUCGCCCUGCGCAACAUUCCACUUACACAUCCAGAAUCGGCCGGCAACUGGGCCCGGCCGCCUCAGGUGCAGUGAACGCACGGCUGUACCCGCGCGGACAUCACGCAUAAAGACAGACGGGAGGGAGUCGGAGGCGUGCGGCCGGGCGGCCCGGGCGUCUGCUGCCGGCCGGGCGGCCGCCCUCGUGAACACAUCUGUAGAACAGGCGAACAAUUUUCGACGGAUUUUAGCUGGCGGCUGUUUGCAUUGCGUUCCUGGCAUUUACGUCAAGCUCUUUCGACCCUAAUUUGCUACCUAGGCUAUUCUCUAUCAAAUAUGUUGAUAAUAUGUUGAUGCUCUGUACAGUACUAUGUGUAUAAAAUACUUUAUGUGAUGGGAGCGAUAUCGUAUGGAUGUGUUGUGAUUGUGAAUGUGUUCUGUACAUAUGGGUAGGAUUGUUGUAGCCAAUUGUCGGUGGACUGUCGACCUGACGUCUGACCGUGUAUCUUCCCGUUAGGCUAACCCGUGAGUGGAUAUAUAUGGUGCACGUGGUCAGGGCGACGAUCAAUUACCCGUAUCGUGUCGUUCAAUCAUUUCUCGCUGUUUGCGAACCCAAAAAUUACAAUGGAAAAUAAAUGUGUAGCCUCAA